CGCGCUAGGAGCACGAGUGAAAGCGUAUCUGUGGCGAACUGAGAGGAAAUAGCCUUCUUGGGAUCAGCGCCUCGUAUAGGGUUACAGUCGAGGCCCCUCCCCCCUGUCUGGGGUUGUUCUCAAUCCCUUCAGCUGCUUCACAGACACGGCUCACACCAACUCGCGCACAGACUGUGGAAAAUUGGAGCCAGAAGAUGGCUGACUUAACCGGGCAUCGCGUACCUUCAACGGCAUCACCAACUUCACCCGGGCUAUUCUCACGAUUGACACGCGCCGCUCUGCUUUUCUAAAGCAGCCCCGCUGGACACCCCCCGUGGGGCUGCCCCCACCGCAAAUAUUGACAGAAAUAAUAGAAAAAAUGGCAGAGACGGAAAAAGAGGGUAGACCCCCCGAAAAUAAAAGGAGCAGGAAACCGGCUCACCCGGUGAAGAGGGAAAUCAACGAGGAGAUGAAGGUGCGAGUUGGGCAAGCUCAGCCACAGGCAGGCCAGGUGGGGGAUCUCCAUGGCAACCCGCCCUACUCCAUGAGUUUCGCUGAGAACACGAUGAACGAGCUGCUGGGCUGGUACGGGUACGACAAGGUGGACCUGAGGGACUCGGACGACAUCGAGAUCCGAAACUACCCCGACGGCGAAGCCAGGCAGCACAUCUCCGUCCUGAAAGAAAACUCUUUGCCAAAACCCAAGAGCCUGGGGGACAACGCCGGCUCCCCGACUUUUGCCAACAGCUCCCACGCCGCGCCCAACCCCAGGAACGGGGUGGCCGAGCCGUCCGCCGCACCUUCCUCCUCCUCUUCCUCGUCCUCCUCCUCGUCCUCCUCCUCUUCCUCGUCCAGUGCCAAGGAGCACGGGAACGUCCCCAUCAUCGUGCCGCUGAUCCCGCCCCCCCUCAUCAAACCUCCCGCAGAGGAGGACAUGUCUAACGUGCAGAUCAUGUGUGCGUGGUGCCAGAAGGUCGGGGUGAAGCGCUACUCCCUCAGCAUGGGCAGCGAGCUCAAGAGCUUCUGCAGCGAGAAGUGCUUCGCCGCCUGCCGCCGGGCCUACUUCAAGCGCAACAAGCUUGGAUAUAUACGGAGUUACCCCGCGAGAGACGAAGACGGCCAGGCUGAGAAAUUGCCCCCGCAGAGCUAUGGUCAGGACACGCCCAGGCUUGUCUUCAAGAUUAACAGCGAUGUUCUUGUGUGUGACUGGUGUAAGCACAUCAGACACACUAAGGAGUACCUGGACUUCGGCGCAGGGGAGCGCAGGCUCCAGUUCUGCAGCGCCAAGUGCCUGAACCAGUACAAGAUGGACAUCUUCUACAAAGAGACGCAGGCGGCCCUCCCGGGGGGGCUGGGCAUGGAGGGGAAGCCGGAGGGCGGAGGGGGGGUGCAGCUCCUCACCCCCGACUCCUGGAACACGCCGCUAGGCGACCUGCGGCGCAAGGCCCCGUCUCCGGGGGGCGCCGGGGCGCCCGUCCCGGGCCCGUCCGGCUCCAGCUCCGCCUCCCCGUCCGAGUCCAGCUCCGCCCUCUGCCCGUCCGCCUCUUCCGGAAAGAUCCCCACGCCGGGGCCCCGCCCCCACGAGAGCCCCGCGCUGGCCCCGCCCGUCCCCUCCCUGCACCCGUCCAUGGGGGUCCCGCCGGGGAGCCCCCCCAUGGUGAUGACCCCCCGCGGGCCCGUGCCCCUCCCCUUCUUCAUGGAGCACCAGAUGAUGCAGCAGAUCCGGCCCCCUUUCCUCCGGGCCCCGCCCCACACGCCCGGCCCAAACAGCCCCCUCCCCAAUCCCAUGAUCCCCGGCAUCGGGCCGCCCCCCCGGAACCUGGGCCCCCCCUCCAGCCCGCUGCACCGGCCCAUGCUGUCCCCGCACCUGCACCCGUCCUCCGGCCCCACCAUGCCGGGGAACCCGGGCAUGAUGCCCCCCCACCCGGGCUCGCACAUUCCGGGGUUCCCCUUCCCUCCGGUCAACAUGAUGCCCAACGGCCACCUCCCCAUGCCGCCCCUCAUGAACUUCGGGGUGCCGUCCCUCGCCCCGCUGGUGCCCCCCCCGACCCUGCUGGUGCCCUACCCGGUCAUCGUGCCCCUCCCUGUCCCCAUACCCAUCCCCGUGCCCAUCCCCUUCAGCCCUAAGGCCCCCGGCGAUCGCCACGACAACGGCGACACCAUCCCCAGCGCGUCGGGGGACCGGGGCGAGUCCAAGGACCCGGGGCUGUUCUCCCCCGGCGCAUCGUCGGGGGGAGGUGGAGCAGGAGGGGGAGGGGGCGGUGGCGAGGGAGGGGACUCCGAACAGGGGCCCCCCAAAUCCAACGAGCUGUCCCCCGGCGUUUCGGGACACUCGCUCUCCGGGUCCACACCACCAGAGCACGGCAGGACUGACAUGGUGGACAUGACGGUGAAGGCGGAGACUCUUGACAAAGCCCGCCUCUCCCUGCCCUUGCCCCUCCCCCUCCCCGCCCCGGCCCCGUCACAGGACGGGGUGAUAGACCUCACGAUUGGCCGGCGGGCGCGGCUCCAGCAGGUCAUCCAGAGGGCGGCGCCCAUGGUGCAGGUGAAGGCGGAGCCUGAGCCGCAGAACUUGCUGAACCUGGGUUACCAGGGCGAGCAGGGAAGGGGCGGGGCCAUAGUUUUAGGGGGCGCGGCCUCAGCCGUGGGGGAGGAGCACAGAGACUCGGAGGACCCUGCCGCCCUGUCGUCGUUACCCCUGCCAUGCGGGGACCCCGCCUACUGCGCCGCCCCUGCUGCCACGCCCCCUCCUCCGGCGCCCCAGCCGCCGCCCCAGCCGCCGGCCCCGCCCCCUCCUCCCCACCCCGCCCCGGACCUCGCCCACUCCGCCCCUUGCAACGUCAUCGUCAACGGCACCCGCUCGCCGGACCCCGCCCGGAGACCCGCCCCGGCCGCCGGCGCGGUCUCCGCCAUCGUCGCCGCGGCAACCACCGAGGAGCCGCCGGACAGCGAGCUGGAGUCGGUGAAGGAGAACAACUGCUCGGGCAUGGAGCUGGACGCAGGUAAGAAGGCCCUGUUGUCGUUGGCGGAGGAGGCGGCCGCCGCCGCCGCCGCCGCCGCCAUGUUGGGGGGCGCCGGCGCCGGCGGGGACAAGCAGGACCCGAGCGACGAGGACCACGCCUACGCCCUGCCGCUGCUGCCCAAGGCCGGCUGCGUCAUACAGGCCCUGCCCAAGCCCGCCGACAAGACCGCCGCGGCGGCUCCGCCCCUGUCCGGCCCCGGCGGCGCCGCCGACCAGCAGCAGCCGCCGCUAAAGAGGAGGUGCCUGCGCAUUCGCAAUCAGAACAAGUGAGAGGCCAAAAACAGGAGGAGAGGAGGAGAACAGCUCUGCUGACGGACAGCGUGUCGCUAAUGGGCUGAAGAGAGAUGGGCCAAGCCUCGGUGCCACGCCCUGCCCCACUACGGACAGCACCAGCUCCCCCCCCCGCCCCAUGCAAGCUCCGCCCCCAGCCCCCACCACGCCCAUGCAAGCUCCGCCCCUCUCCAAGCCAACCAGCACUCGCUGUGCUCCACCUUGCCACACACCAUCGGAUGGGCACCAUGGUACCCAAAAUCCAGAGCACAGACCAAGGCCAAUCACGUGGGUCCUGCCAACUCCCAAACUCUGACCUUUGACCCUCAGCCAAUCAUUUUUUGUUUCUUUGGUUCAGCACAGUAAUGCUGGAUAUACCCUCCCCCCCCCCUCUAAAAACUCCCCUCCCACAGUCUGGAACUCCAGGAAAUAAUUUAGCACAGGGGGGUGUGUUUGUUUGCCACGGUGUGUCUACUUUUCACUCUUCCUCAUGUUUUGGGGAGAUGUUUUUCCCCCCUCUGUCCCUCCCUUAUAAGGUCCUACAUUGUUUUGUUUUUUUUCUCCAGUACUGUAUGUCCAGUGUGGCUUUGAGCACCCUGAUCCAGUCCUGGGGGGGGUGUGG